AUGGCGGAUUUGGGGGGCCAGCGUAACCGGAACUACCGGCCAUAUGGCGCGGCCUCGUCCACACAACGAGAUGCUGCGUAUUCCGAUAUCUUUGGAGGUACACCACCGCCAGGUCGCUCGCAGACCAUGACCUCGCAGACUCCCCAACUCCCUCAGGGUCGUGCCCACACCAUGUCGUCGCAAGUGGCGCAGCCUCAAUUCCAUCGGCCGCCGCCCCCGCCAACACGGCAAAUGCCCAACGGAUAUGGACCACCUCCACCCGCACCAGCAAACGGAUACUCCCCGGCGCCAUCUUCAGGAAGCUAUCAAGCUUAUAAUCCAGGAGCUGCGACGAUGUCUUCACAACCACCCCCGCGACCGUACCCGGGCCGCCCCGUGUACCCUCGACCCCAUCGCGUUGACUCCAGACCAGGGCCGACCCCCCAGUACCCGGAUCCUCGAGAUUUCAGUCGCCCAAUGCCUCCUCCUGCGUUAAACUCUGAUGCGGGACGAUCACGGUCGAUGGCCAAAUUGACCGGGCCAUCGUACCCAGCACCCCCCACCCCCAGCAAUUUCAACCAUACAUCGGCGAUUGCUUCUCGUCGGGGACCAUAUCAAGCUGGCGCCCCAACAAUGACUCAACUAGGCCGCCCCGUACCGGAAAGGCAUGCAAAUGAACGUGCCAUGUCUAUGACUUCCUAUGCCUCAGCACCAGAUAACGCCCACAUCAUGAACAGUGGUCGACAGAUUCCCCACCGCCGACCGCCAUCCGGUCAUGAGCAAGCGGUUCCCGCUAGAUUCGAUUCCAUGCCAGCGAAUGUUACUGAAGGAUUCGUAAAUAAUAAUCGCCCGCCUAGUGAUGCUUCAUCACGGUCCCGCACAAUGUCAAUGGCAUCAACUGUCAUGCCAGAUCGCACGAUGAGCGUGCAAAGCCAAUCAACCCAAGUUUCCAAUGGUCAAACCACUUUGGUUUCGAGCAACUCACAGCGUAGGGUGCCUGUGGUUUAUCCUGCUCUACUUUCUCGUGUGGCGGAUGUUUUCCGCGAGAAGGUCACGUUGGGCGAACGCCAAAAGAACGCUCUUUCUUACCAGAACGCCUUCUCUGGUACUGAUGCCGUGGACCUGAUUGGCAAUAUCAUUCGGACAAACGAUCGGAACCUUGCUCUUCUUUUAGGCCGAGCGCUGGAUGCUCAGAAAUUCUUCCACGACGUCACAUAUGAUCAUCGCCUUCGAGAUGCGCCGGGUGAGGUGUAUCAAUUCAAGGAGACCAUGGGAGAAGAGACAAUGAACUCGGAAGUGAAUGGUGUUUUCACGCUCCUAACCGAGUGUUAUUCCCCUACGUGUAAUAGAGACACUCUUUGCUACUCAAUUGCCUGUCCCCGACGAUUGGAACAGCAAGCCAGGUUGAACCUGAAGCCUCAGCCGGUACUGAGAACUUCGGGCAGCAAGGGUAGCCUGCACAUUGACGACGAUGAAGAUAAUGAUAACCAAAAGCUCUGGAUCAACAUGGUUCCGAAGGAAGUUUCCGAUGCCAUCGAUGAUCGCGAGAAGAAACGACAAGAGAUUAUCUUUGAAAUCAUGUAUACUGAACGCGAUUUCGUCAAGGAUCUGGAAUACCUACGAGAUUUCUGGAUGCGUCCGCUGCGUGCUGCCGGCCCCAAUCAAGUUUCCCCCAUCCCAGAACACCGACGCGAAAAAUUUAUCCGAACUGUGUUUGGAAACUGCUUGGAGGUGCUGAAGGUCAAUGGUGGCCUCUGUGAGGCACUGAACACACGGCAAAAAGAAAGUCAAGUUGUGCAGACCGUGGGUGAUAUUUUCCUUCAACAUGUACCACGAUUUGAUCCUUUUAUCAAGUAUGGUGCCAACCAACUUUACGGAAAGUACGAGUUCGAAAAGGAGAAAGCGUCAAACCAGUCUUUUAGCAAAUUUGUGGACGAUACAGAGCGUUUAAAGGAGUCUCGAAAGCUGGAGCUGAAUGGUUACCUAACUAAGCCUACAACUCGUUUGGCCCGGUACCCACUUCUUCUCGAAUCAGUCCUGAAGCAUACUGCAGACGAUAAUCCGGAUAAAAAGACUAUCCCUGAAGCUGUGAAGAUGAUCAAGAGCUUCUUGUCUCGUGUCAAUACCGAAAGUGGAAAGGCUGAGAACCACUUCAACUUGGUUCAGUUGAAUGCUGCUCUGAAGUUUUCACCUGGCGAUUAUGUUGACUUGAAACUUACCGAGGAAAACCGACAAAUGCUCUCGAAAAUGGCCUUUAAGAAGACGACUGCGGAUAGUUCCGAAGUCACAGCGUAUCUAUUUGACCACGCCGUGCUUCUUGUCCGUAUCAAAAUAGUGAACAAGCGUGAAGAAUACCGAGUUUACAAGAAACCCAUUCCUCUUGAGCUUUUGGUGAUUGUGCAGAUGGAUGAAGUGAUUCCGCGGCUGGGGAUUUCCAAGCGACCGUCCUCCAGUCUUCUGUCCAACAAAGCUGCACCAAAUCCUCCUCCAGCCAAAGACGGCGGCUUGCCGAUUACAUUCAGACAUCUUGGCAAAGGAGGAUACGAACAGACCCUCUAUGCCACUUCUCCUACGCAGAGACGAAAGUUCAUGGAAAUGGUUGAAGAGCAACAACGGAAGCUGUGGGAACGAAACAGUAACUUUUACAACAAGACGGUUCUUUCGGAGAACUUCUUCUCUGCUGUCAACCGUGUCAAUUGUCUUGUCCCAGUUGAUGGAGGUAGGAAAUUGGUUUACGGCACGGACAGCGGCAUCUAUCUCUCUGAGCGAUGGCCAAAAGAGAAGACAGCCAAGCCACGUCGUGUUCUGGAGGCCAGUCAGGUCACCCAAAUCGACACCCUGGAAGAGUACCAAUUGCUCUUGGUAUUGGCCAAUAAAACAUUGACAUCUUACCCAAUGGAGGCCCUUGAGCUAGGAGAGAGUCAAAACGCCCUGGCUAAACGUCCAAAGAAAAUUCAAGGUCAUGCAAACUUCUUCAAGGCGGGUAUCGGUCUUGGGCGACAUCUCGUAUGCUCAGUAAAGACAUCAGCUUUGUCUAGUACUAUCAAGGUUUACGAGCCGAUGGAUAAUCUGGCUAAGGGAAAGAAGAAGUCCGCUGUCAGCAAGAUGUUCCAGAGUGGUCAAGACACUUUAAAACCAUUCAAAGAAUACUAUAUUCCAGCCGAAUCUUCAUCAAUCCACUUCUUGCGAUCAACAUUAUGUGUCGGCUGUGCUCGUGGCUUUGAGGUUGUCAGUCUGGAAACUACAGAGACUCAGUCUCUCUUGGACCAAGCUGAUACAUCUCUUGAUUUCGUCGCACGCAAGGAAAAUGUCAAACCCAUUCACAUUGAGCGGAUGAAUGGCGAAUUCCUUCUUAAUUAUAGCGAUUUCUCAUUCUUUGUUAACCGCAAUGGUUGGCGAGCUCGUCCUGACUGGAGGAUCUCAUGGGAGGGCAACCCGAAUGCUUUCGCACUGUCUUACCCGUACAUUUUGGCAUUUGAGCCUAACUUUGUUGAGAUUCGACACGUUGAAACAAGUGAACUGACUCACAUUAUGACUGGAAGAAAUAUCCGCAUGCUGCAUUCUUCUACUCGAGAGAUUAUCUACGCUUACGAGGACGAGAAGGGUGAGGAUGUGGUUGCAAGUUUGGACUUCUGGAGCAAGCCUCAGCAAUAG